AUGAAAUAAAGAAAAGUGCAGACACCUUAAGAGAUUAUUGCUUUUCUUAGAUCCUUUAAGAAUUAUAUAAAACAACCGCAUUCAAUGAGUCCUCAGAGUCGAUGCUAAACGAAUGUUUAGACAGCCAAGAAGAUGAUGAAUGAUGAUCAUCUACUGAAAUCUCCGACUGAACGAAAGCAGAAUAAUGAGUUUCUUUGUGAGGGGAUUGAGAAGAAGAUUGAGAGUUUGGCUACUUAGAUCAAAGAUUUACAGACAAAGUAGGAACAAUUAGAAAGUUAGCAUUAUUAAUUGAGCAAGAGUGUCAAGAAAUUAAAUUUAGAUAAAAAGCACUAAUUACAAGUAAGAGGGAGCAAACUUAAUUUUAGGAGCGAAGUUAGAUGA